UAAAAACCAAGGCCAAGAGCUCUUUGUUUUCCCUUCAGCCACUGCAGACUAUAUUUCCAUUGCAUCUCCAUCACUCAUUUUCCGAUCACACAAACAAAAACCAAAGCCAUGGCGCCGCCACCUGGACCUUACUCUGGCACCAGCACUCUCGCUCUCGUGGCUCGUGCAUCUGCUUUUUCUUUUGGACUUGUUUAUGGGAACUUUAAGCUCAAGUACCUCAAGAUGAAGGCAAAGUCUCAAAGGAAAGCUGAAGCAAAGGCACACCAUUGAAGCAGGGGGGGGGGUCUUGUUCAUAGUUCAAUUGCAUGCGUGACCUGAGGUUUUUUCUUUUUGUCGUAAUAAUGCAUUAACAAUGGGAUUAUACCAGUUUUUCAUUUUGGCCUGCAGCUUUUUAUGGACCAUGGUGAACCGCCUUUAAUAACUUUUUCGGGUAGUUAUCAUCUUAGCCAUUCAGGGUUUGUUUAUUUCCUGUAGUUAAACAUGCAAGCUGCUGGGGUGAUUAUCUAUUCUCCGCAGUUCUAAUUAAUAAAUUCAGUCUCUUUUUUGGCGCAAAAAAAGAA